UUUAAACCGUUGGAUCAGUACAAGAAGAAGAAGUCUAUCUCAAGCAAACGUGAGAGUGUAACAAUCAAUACAAUCUCCCAUCUCUCUCUCUAUCUCGCUCACUCUUUACCUUCUCUCUCUCUCUCUCUUCAAUGGCGUUUCUGCAGCUCUGUUCACAAUAAUGAUCUCCAUUUCGUAUUAAAUUUUUUUAAUAUAUCUAACUGUCUGUUCCGUAUUAAUCCUAUCUCUUCGAGAAUUACCAGAUCUUCUCUUCUCUGAAAAGGUUUCAUUUUUUUCUCCAUUUUCGUCCAGUCCAUAAUCACACUACUAUUUGUGUCUUUUGGAUUCUUCAUAUGAUUUUCCAUUAAUACUCAUUUUUGAGGUUAAAUUCUUAGAUCGUUUCUAUACAACGUAAGAAUACCCGAGCUUGAUUAUCAGAUCUUAUCUGUUAAAAAAAAAUGCCAGGCUUAGUAUCAGUAAAAACACCACCAGGAUCAACACCAUUACGAAUUCACGUAUCAGAUGAAAAUCAAGAAGAAUUGUCCAGCAGCAACAAUCGUCGGUCUACAUCACGAACACCAAUCCCAAAAAGAACGUCAUCACCAUCGCCAUCGACGGCAUCAAGAAGUAGACCAUCACCAGGAACAUCUUCAGGAGGAAAGAAAAAAAUUGAAAAAAAAACUGAAAUUGACGAAACAGCAUUAGACAAUCCAGAUCUAGGGCCAUUCUUAUUAAAACAAGCCAGAGAUACAAUAGCAUCAGGUGAUAGUCCAAUUAAGGCAUUGGAUUUUGCAAUUAGGGCUUCAAAAUCAUUUGAAAGAUGUUGUUCAGACGAACCGAGAAAUUUGGAAUUAGCGAUGAGUUUACAUGUUGUUGCUGCAAUUUAUUGCAGUUUGGGAAGAUUUGAAGAGGCCAUACCUGUUUUAGAACAAGCAAUUAAGGUUCCUGAUGUUACUAAAGGAUCUGAUCAUUCUCUAGCUGCUUUUUCCGGGUAUAUGCAAUUAGGUGAUACUCAUUCCAUGUUAGGUCAGUUAGAUCGAUCUAUCUCUUGUUAUGAUUCUGGUUUGAAGAUCCAAAUUGAAGCUUUAGGUGAAUCAGAUCCAAGAGUUGCUGAAACUUGCAGGUACUUAGCUGAGGCAAAUGUGCAAGCUAUGCAAUUUGAUCAAGCAGAAGUUCUUUGCAAGCAAACCCUUGAAAUUCACCGGGAACAUAGUGCACCAGCAUCACUCGAAGAAGCUGCUGAUCGUCGAUUAAUGGCUCUCGUUUGCGAGGCAAAAGGAGAUUAUGAAUCUGCACUUGAACACCUAGUUCUUGCUAGCAUGGCUAUGAUUGCCGCUGGUCAAGACAAUGAAAUUGCUGCUAUUGAUGUUGGUAUUGGUGACCUAUACCUCUCACUUUCCCGUUUCGAUGAAGCUGUAUUUGCUUACCAAAAAGCUCUUACUGUAUUUAAAUCUAUCAAGGGUGACAACCAUCCAUCUGUUGCAUCGGUUUUUGUUCGCCUUGCUGAUCUUUACUAUAAAACUGGCAAAUUCAGAGAAUCUAAGUCUUAUUGUGAAAGUGCUUUAAGGAUUUAUACAAAGCCAGUGCCUGGAACCACAUCAGAGGAGAUUGCUGGCGGGUUGACAGAAAUUUCAGCUAUUUACGAAGCUGUGAAUGAGCCUGAGGAGGCUUUGAAGCUUUUGCAGAAGGCAAUGAAGUUACUGGAUGAUACACCUGGACAGAGAAGUACAAUUGCAGGUAUAGAAGCUCAAAUGGGUGUUAUGUUUUACAUGGUUGGAAGGUAUUCAGAUGCUCGAAAUUCAUUUGAGAGUGCUGUGACAAAGCUUAGAGCCAGUGGAGAGAAAAAAUCAGCAUUUUUUGGUGUGGUGUUGAACCAAAUGGGAUUGGCUUGUGUACAAUUGUACAAAAUAGAUGAAGCUGCUGAGUUAUUUGAAGAAGCUAGGGGCAUACUUGAACAGGAGUGCGGUCCCUUUGACCCAGAGACGCUUGGUGUAUACAGCAACCUUGCAGCAACUUAUGAUGCCAUGGGCAGGUUUAUUAUAUCAUCUUCCAUCAGUGGCAAAGUGGAAGACGCAAUUGAAAUAUUGGAACAUAUUCUCAAGGUGAGAGAGGAAAAACUAGGAACAGCAAACCCAGAUGUUGAUGAUGAGAAGAAAAGGCUUGCAGAGCUACUAAAGGAAGCGGGCAGAUCCCGCAACAAAAAAGCAAAAUCACUCACCAACUUGCUUGAUUCUACCUCGCAGAGGAUGAAGAAGGAAGUAAAUAAGAGAUGGUCAGGCUUGGGUUUCAAAAGUUAAAAGAAAGUCCAAUCUCUUUCUCCCCUUAACUCUACCUUAUGGAAAAUUGAGCACAAUCUGUAAGAAGAAGAAGAAGAGUGUAUAAAGUGUCAGGUUUGCUAAUUUGAUUCUGCUCUUUCUGUUUUCUUUGAGCUUUUCCACAAGUUUCCCACUAUUUGUUUUAUAAUCAUUUGAUUGCUAUUUUUGUGUAAUUUGGGUUUGUGAUAUUGAAUAUGUUCUCCUCCAUAAAAAGGGAAAUUCUCAGAUAUAUGUUUUCAAGCCAAUAAAUAAUUGUUGCAUUUCUGUUUUCCA